AUCUCCGAAAUUCUCGUAGAUCAGACCGAGCAUCCCUAGGCGACACGAGCCUUUUGCGGAGCUAUGGCUGCUACUCCAUCGUACGCGUUACGAGGAACCGUCGGGGUGGUGAUCGCGCAUCCAGACGACGAGAGCAUGUUCUUCGCUCCGACGCUAACAACUUUGGGGCGUCGCGGGCAGCGGGCGGCGGUGCUGUGCUUGUCCUCAGGUGAUUUCUACGGGCUUGGUCAAACGCGCAAGCGCGAGCUCGUGAAAGCGUGCGGCGUGCUCGGCGUAGAGGAGGACGACGUCGUGGUCAUCGAACACCCCAAGCUCCAGGAUGGGAGCACGGAGGCCUGGCCUGCAGACGUGGUGUCCUCUCACGUGCACGACUUCGUGCAGAAGUUUGGAAUCCAAACCAUUUUGACGUUCGACGAGGGGGGCGUUUCCGGGCACUCUGACCACACCGCUGUCAACCGUGGCGUUGCGUUGUUUCUCCGGACACGAGCUGUGACCAGACAUACAGCUAGCAUCGCCGAGGGUAGUGGUAGCAGCAGCAGCAGCAGUACUUUAGAUGCAUUCGCGCUGGUGACCACGGGCAUCCUGCGCAAGUACUCGGGCAUGCUUGACAUGCCUUGGUCGCUGGCGACAUCUUACGGGCCGCCCCUUGGGGCGUUUUUCUCUAGCUGCAGCGCAAGGAUAGCCUGGGCGGCGAUGGCAGCACACCACAGCCAGUUCGUUUGGUACCGAAGGCUGUUCGUGAUCUUUUCACGUUACGCCUACGUGAACACGUUUAUACGCAUGCAUGUACCGCCGCCGCCGCUGCCGCCACCACCGCACCGAUGA